AUGUUGCAAAUACAUCGAGUUUAUAUUAUUACAUUUUGGUUUUUAUUUCAAUUAUUUAUUGAAAUAAAUUGCCAAAUAUCACCCUAUAUACUAAAAGAACGGCGUGGUCAUACUGCAACGCUUUUUGAUAAAAAAUUGUAUAUUUUGGGUGGUUUCCCACUUGAAGAAAUUGGAAAUGAAUUUUUUUAUAUCGAUUUUUCUGUCUCAUUUAAUACUCAAAAUUUAAAAGUGAAUGAUUUAUCAAAUAUUAAUACCCUUUCUCCUCAUUAUAAUUCUGGAUCCGCGAUAGGUGGCGCAAAUAAUGAUACGUUGUUUAUAUUAGUAGGCAUCAGUAAUGCCAAAUAUCCUAAAAUGGAAUCAAUUAACACAUUUAAUCCACGAAGUAAUUCAUGGAGUAUUCCAAAAAUAGCAGGAGAAAACCCGUCGUUUCUUUUAAAUUAUGAGAUGACAGCUAUAAACCAUAAUGGAAUGAUAGAUUUCUAUAUCUGGAGUGGAUUUAAUAUUAAUAUUUUAGAUACAAUAAACUUAGUUUGGAAAAAAGCAAGUCCUAUUGGUACACAAAAUAUGGGAUUGGAGAUUACUUCCAUUUUAUUGCCUGAUAACAAGAUAAUUUAUCUAGAUAGUAGUACCGGUAGUUUAGCAGAGGUUUAUAUAUAUGAUACAGUAAACAAUAAUUGGAGUACGAAAACAACUACAGGUACGAUACCACCUAGAAAAGAUGGAGGAUCCGCUGUACUUGGAUUAGAUGGUAAAAGAGUAAUCACCUUUGGAGGUUUUCUCACUGCGUCGCCAGAUCAACUUCAUGAAUUAAAUUUAAUAAAUUUUGAAUGGCGUAUCCCGAAAUUUUCUGGGUCAAUUCCGGAGUCCCGAAGGUAUCAUAAAGCAAAUGUAAUUGGAAAUUAUAUGGUAUUAUCAUUUGGAUUAGAUUAUAAGAAAAAUAAUGAAAAUGAUAUUCUGUUACUUGACAUCAGUAAUAUAAACGAAUAUAUAUGGACGAAUGAAUUUAAAUCUUUAUCAUUAGGCGAAGUAGUAGCAUUAACAUCAGCAGUACCAUCAAAAAUAGCAGGAGCGUCAAAAACAGCUCCCAUACCGUUGCCAACUUCGCCAUCUUCAUCACCAUCAGUUUAUUCUGGAUAUUAUAGCAAAGAUUCUAAUAAUAUUUCAAGUAAAAUUGGCGUAAUUGUAGUAUUUUUGAUUAGUGGUGUUGUAUUAUUAAUUGUAGGAGCCUAUUUAUUUAGACGAUGUAGAAAUAGAAUUGUAAAUGAAAGUAAUUAUAAUCAAUAUGAAGCAGAAAAUUAUAGUUAUUAUCCCGUACAAGAUACAGUACAACUACCCGUUCCAGCUUCAUUAAUUAAUAAUGAUAUAGAUAGAAAUAGAAAUGAAAAUAGUAAUAAUAAUUAUCAAACUGAAAGAAAUAAUUAUUAUCCCGGACAGGAAAUUGUACAACAACCUGAAGUGAUAAAUAAUGAUAUAAAUAGAAAUAGAAAUGAAAGUAAUUAUUACCCUGGACAAGAAAUAGUACAACCUCUCGCUCCAGCUACAAUAAUUAAUACGAGUUACAAUCACGGACGAGAAUCUGUUCCAAUUGCUAAUGAUGAAAUACAAAUACUUAAACGAGAAAUUCAAGAUUUGAAGCAAAUAAUUUUACAAAAUAAUAAACAAUCUACUAGUUCUACAAGUAAUAAUUAA